UCAAUCAUUGAGGCAUUAUUCCCCUGCAGGGGGUGGAACUUACCGCUUCCCUAAGCGUCCAGGCCCGUCGACUAUAUGGUAUAUACUACACCAUCCAACCGCGCAACCCCCAUCCCAAUUCACCCAGAGAGACAAUGUCAGACACCAAGAGCCAGGUCGAUACCUCCUACGUGGAGAGCACCACUACCGACGACCGCCUGAAAAACCAGGAACCCGCCACACAUGACAGGCCAUGGCAAUGCUCGCUGGAGGCAGCCAAGGCCGCGAACGCCCGCGAGCACGAGAUGUCCGUCACGCAGGCGCUGAAGCUCUUCCCAUGGGCCGUCGCGUGGUCGCUCGUCCCCUCCAUCGCCAUCGUCAUGGAAGGGUACGACACCAUCCUGAUCACCAGUUUCUUCGGAUACCCGGCCUUCAGGACGAAGUUCGGCGAAGAGCAUUCUGGCAAGGGGUAUCAGGUGGCGGGGUCCUGGCAGUCGGCUCUCGGGGCGGCGGGGAACUUGGGAUGUAUGGUGGGAGCUUUAAUCAAUGGCUUUUUGAUUGAGCGGUUGGGGUUCAAGCGGGUCUUCCUUCUGGCUCAGGUCCUGAUGUGUGCGUUUAUCUGCAUCCCUUUCUUCGGCGACUCCGUCGGGCUUCAAGUCGCGGGGCAGACUCUGUGUGGACUUCCUUGGGGCAUCUUUGCGACCCUUGGACCGGCGUAUAGUUCCGAGCUCUGUCCGAUGGUGCUGCGGCCCUAUCUGACGGCAUUCGUGAAUGUGUCCUUCGUGAUGGGCCAGCUGAUCAGUGCUGGAGUGCUGCAGGGUCUGAUUGAUCUCGAUAACCAGUGGUCCUACCGCAUCCCAUUUGCGCUGCAGUGGGUGUGGCCCGUCCCGUUGUUUGUGUUUGGCUGCUUCAUGCCCGAAUCGCCUUGGUGGCACGUGCGGAAGGGCCAGUAUGAUUCCGCAUCGAAGAUCGUCAAUCGACUCCUGGCGGAGCCGAACACCGAUACGGCGCACCAGACUGUCGCGAUGAUGAUCCACACCAACAACCUGGAAAACGAGAUCAAGGAAGGGUCCUACCUGGACUGCUUCUGCGGGCCCAAUUCCCGCCGCACCGAGAUCGCCUGCAUGGCACUGGCGGGACAGGUGUUUGCAGGGAUCGCGUUCGCGUACUCGCCGACGUACUUCUUCGAGCAGGCCGGGAUGAGCGACGACGACUCGUACAAGCUCGGGCUGGGCGGCGCCGGCCUUGCCUUCGUCGGCACGACCGUCUCCGGCCUCGCCAUGCAUUAUCUAGGCCGUCGCAUCAUGUACGUGGGCGGCAUGGGCUUGAUGAGUGUCUAUCUGCUCGUCAUCGGGUGCAUGACGCCGGCCACUAAGGGCCACAACAGCAACCCGGCUGUUCUUUGGGCGCAGUCCGUUGUAUGUAUCAUUUGGCUAUUUACAUUCUCUUUGACUGUCGGACCGAUUGCGUGGGUGAUCCCGCCCGAGGUGUCGUCCACGCGGCUGCGGUCGAAGACGGUGGUGCUGGCCCGCAAUUCUUAUUACGUUGCGUCUGUGGUUGCCAAUGGGCUGGAGCCAUUGAUGCUCAACCCCACGGCGUGGAAUUGGCGGGGGUACGCGGGGUUCUUUUGGUUUGGGUCGGCGUUUUUGACCUUUGUUUGGAGCUACUUCCGACUUCCGGAGACCAAGGGACGGACGUAUGAGGAGUUGGAUCUUAUGUUUGCGAGGGAGGUUCCGACUCGGGAGUUCGGGAAGUAUCAAGUGGAUGCGUAUGAGGAAGAUUCCCACCUAAGUUGAAGAUCAUACCAGCGUUCCAUAGAAAUGCCGCCAACUGGCAAACAAAGGCUACGUACUUCCUAGCGGCCCACGGAUCAAUCAGCGGUGCGGGGAAUGUCGAUGCCUGGGAAUUGAGGCUGUGUCAGCCUUGCUCUCCAUCUACUUCUGUCCACCAAAUCACCAGCUGCUCUUCUUCAUCCCUCAA